AGCUUGGGACCUUAACCACUCAGCUGUGGGGUGGCCCAGAAAUAGUUCUUAUUUCACCAUAGUUUCCUCCUGGGCUUUCCCCACCCCAACCCCAGUGGGAGGGGGAUGGCCUGACCAAGAGGAAGAGGCUGAAGAGAGCUGAGCAGUAGCUACAGAGUCCCCUAGAGUCUCAGUCCAGUCCCAGGCUGAGGUCUGUCCAGGCCCAGAGGUAGCAUCUGCAGCUGGAGGGUCCAGCCUACAGGCCAAGACCUCCGCCUCCUCCCCAGGCAUCCCACUGCCCCUCGGAGGCCUUUGCCUCCCUCAGCUCUUCUUCCCAGGCAGGCUGGGGUGGCUGCACCGAGUCCCCGGCUCUGGCUCCCUCUCCUUGGGGCUUCCCUGCUCCCUCGCUUCCCUCCCCUCACCCCAGCUCAACAAGAGAGCCCAUGGCCUGGGAGGCCACACACCUGCUGUCACCUCUCCUGCUGGUGCUCCUGGCCUCAGGUGAGGGGCAGGCUCCUGGGAACAGAAGCCAGAGAUGCUGCAUAAACUGGAGGGCGAGUCAAUCACCGUGAGAUGCCAGUACCAGUUCCAGCAAGGUUGGAACAAGAUGAAACACUGGUGUAAGGUAAUAAGAGAAUAUACUUGUGACAUAAUCGUCAGCAAUGCCAGGAUCCAGAAAGGGGCUCGACACUCCCUCCAGGAUUAUCCCAGGUCUGGCUUCUUUUCCGUCACCAUGACUGAACUCAGGGUGGAGGACUCAGGAAUCUAUUGGUGUGGAAUCGGAGAAUCUUACAGGAUCUUUGGUCUAAGAGCCAUCCAUCUGGUGGUAUCUCAGGCUUCAACCCUGCCCACCCCCAGGAGCACCAGGAGGACCACAGCCUGGACCUCUGCCAUCAGCCCUGUCCUUGACAGCCCCACAGAUAACUGGAACGUCAUCUCGGGCGUGGUGGUGGCCGUCCUGCUGCUGGUGCUCACCCUCUUCCUGAUCCUAUACCUCAGGAAAGCCCGAGGAAGAGCCAGGAAAGGUGAGGAUGAAUCCCACCACAACUAUGACAACAUUUCAGCCCAGGAGGCAGAGUGUCCUGUGCGUAGCAAGGACCCGUCACCAGGACAGAGGGAAUCUCAGCUUUCCAGGGGCUCCGAUCAGCGGAUGGGCUCCAGCGAGGACCCCGGGGCGAUCUGCUAUGCCUCACUUAUCCACCUGAACCACCUCGGCCUUGAGGACUCCAUCUAUGUCAAUACCGCCCCCAAUCCGAAGCCCACGCCUGACCCCCUUCUGGCUGUGGAAUAUGCCAGCAUCGCUAGAAACAGACCCCAGCCCUCCAAGUCCGCAGCCCUGGAGGGGGAACAGGACCUGAAGGCAGAAUUCACUGGGCAGUGAGCACCUAUCAAAUGCCUGUGAGGCACAGGGCUGCUCGACCAGCAAUGGGGUGACUUUAGUGUGGCACAGACGGUCCCAAACCUGCAAGAGGUCACCCCUUCCUGUAAAGGAGGUGAGGAAGGGGGAGCAAAGGAAGGAAAGUCCUGGUCACCCCAGAGGGGAGAAGCUUAAGUGUGAGGGCUUCAAGGGGCAGGCUGUGGGGACAACAAAUGGGGUUUAGGGACACCUCCCCACUCGCCUCCCCCGGGUCUGGGACCCAGAGCCUCACCUCCCUCUCCAACACUCACUUCCUUCCUGAUCAGGGGCUACGAAAUCCUGACAGAUUGUGCAAGUUCCUCUACUGGUGGCUGUCUCUGCGAGAGUCCCCUCCCUUAACUGUACUCUCAGGGCCUCUAAGCCAAGCUGGAAGGUUCCGUCUCUCCCAGCCCAGAUCCCCCUCUCCUUCCUGGCCUCCCGAUUCUAAAUAAUCCUCACUAAAGACCCUGCCAGGACAUAGGCAGUGCCCACCACUCAGGGGUCACCCCUCAUCCUGGGCCUUGCUGGGCUCUCACAGGGGAGCUUCCUUCCAUCUGGCGCCCACAUGGCUCCAUCAGAACUGACUUGGGCUCCUCUGCCUCCGCGGAAACUAUCCUCCACUCUGCUAACUGUGUCUCGGUCCAGCAGAGGAGGCUGCAGGACACCUCCUGCCUGGCUGAAGCAUAAUUUCACAGGGCCCUUCUGGAGACAGAAGGUAAUGUGUGCCCCCAAGGAGCGACUCUGAACUCUGGGAACUCCAGGCCACGUGGGCAGGAGGCUUGUGUCCUGCCCCAUCGUGGGCAAGGUUCCUUGGAAUUGUGGAUUCAUCGUUUCUCAAGGGAGUGACAUUACAGGUCAUCGAAUCCAACUGCCAAUGGCAUGUGAGAACCCCUCUGUGAAACCCCGGUGAGUCAUGAAGUCUCUGCUACAACUGAAGGACAGGGGUCUCACCACCUCCUGCUCGGGCAGCUCGUUUGUGAAUGUUUUUGUCAGACGGACCUUGCUUCCCCUCAGUGACAAUGAGACAUCAGCCUUGCCCACAGAUGGGACCUGAGGGUCAGGUUGCGUCAUGGCCAGAAAGAGAGUGAGGAGUUGGAGAGAAGGGUGGAUGGUUUGAGGUCUGGCAGGCUUGUGUGCAAGGCUGAGGUCUUCCUCUGGGAAGAAAGUGGCAGGAAGUGCCUGUCACUUGUGACAUCUCUGCUGCCAUCAUCCACCUCCCAGGUUCCUAGUGUUGAGGAUUUGGUUCUGUCCCCAGUCUGUAGCUCCCUGGGGACACAACUGAUGGGUGCAGACCUGCAGGACCAGACACUGGGGUGGAGGGAGGCGAGGAGCAGGGAGGGAGCAGGAUGCUCUGAGCAUCAUCCUGGCUCCUCAGGGGUCUGUCCCAGCCUUCCUGCCUGAGUCCUUCUCCUUCCAGAGGCUGGGCAAUUGCUGCACCCUGACCUCCCACCCAACUCGGUCUUGCUCUGAGAAGGUCAUUGGCACUGACCUGUGCCCUCCUUUGACCUCUGGUUCUUCAUAGUUCCAGGCAUCUGACAGCACCUCCACUCUCGGUCUAUAUUUUAGCCUACCUGCCCACUGGGCAAGCCCGUCUUUAUCAUGUUCCCCCCAACUUGGACUUCCCGCCUGCAUUGCUCUGGCUGCAGUACCAGGAGACAUCCCAGGGGUCAGCUUCCUCGUGAACUGUUAAAACCCAAAGGAUUUACUCAGCCUAGAGCUCCUGGGGUUAUUUUCAUUAGACAAGUACUUAUGGGUGCCUCCUGACUGCCAGGCACUGCUCAGAAUUGGGGAUCAGAGGUUAACAGAGUAAGCCAGCAUUGAUGGAGUGCUUCUUCUGGGCCGCAUUCCUCUACAUGCAUUAAUGGCUCAAACAUCCCUCUAAGUUAAGUACUUGCCUCCAUUUUAUAGAUGGAGAAAUUGAGGCAUAGAGAGAUUAAGUGAUUUCCCAAAGUCACACAGCUAGUAGAUGGUGGAUCCUAGACCCUGAAGUGUUAACCACAAUGAUUCUUGGUCCCCGUUACUGUGAGGAUCUCGUUGUUGUGUGUGUGUGUGUGUGUGUGUGUGUGUGUGUGCACGUGCACAUGUGUGCAUGUGUUGGAUAGAUGUAUGAAAACCAAUGACAGUACAAAGCAAUAUGGCUACAGCUAGAGGAAUGCUCAUGGUGCUAGGAGAGAAUGGGCGGGAUGCACGACCUUUUCUGAUAGAAGCCCCAGGAGCCAUGAGAGGAUAGUAAGAGUGCAGUUGACUCGGCUAGGGAGUCCAAGGGAAGAGUUUCCCAGUUAACUGGGGGCCCCAGAUAAGAGGACUUGAGCUCCUCCUGCCCGCCCUGGCCCAGGGAGAGGGCUGCCCCUUCGGCCACCAGCAGAGGCCUGGAGGCACCUGCCAGAGCUGUGGCCUCAGGGAUGUACACCUUCCCCGCAUCUCAGCACUGAGGCAGCCAUGGCAACCAAGCCACCCCAAGACACGGGCCCCACAGGAGGGGGUGCUGCUCCUUGGCCUUUGGACGUCAGCAGGCUUUGGCCCCAUUGCAUAUGCCUGAGCUCCCCACCCUUUGGGCACCAUCCUUCUCCCUGAGGGCUGCCCACCCAGCACAACAUGGGGCCUGCCUUCGCUUUGCCCCUCACGCUCUUAAUGCACAUGAUGCUGUAGGUAAAGAUUUUAUCCAUCGACUCGCCUAUUUUAUCUUUUGAUUGUUGUUUUAAGCCACUAAGUUUGUGGAUAGUUUUUCAUGCGGCAAUAAACAAUCAAAACAAAUAGCCAAGACAAAUUUGAAGUUCAAAGCCAUGGGGAAAGGAGAUGACUUACCUGACCAGAACCCAAACCUCACUGUGAGGUUCUAACAUCCUGGAAUAGAAAGUCCGCCAGGGCCACUGAACCAAGAGGUGAGGAACAGACCCGUGUACAGAGGGAAACUUGGUAUUUGCCAGGGCAGGCACUGGAGUCUCGGGGAAGAAGAGAAUGUGUCAUGGCACAAAUGUCUACCCACACGGGGAAAAAGAAAAUUAGAUUCCUACCUCUGUCUUACGCGAAAAUAAAUUCCAGGUGGAUUAUAAACCUAGAUGUCAAUAACCAAACAAUAAAAUGUUUAGACAAAAACA